AUGCGUCAACACAUUUACAGCAGCGCAUUGUUUAUUCCAAAGUGUAUAUCUCAGCAACAAUUGAACCUGGUGCUGAAGCCAAACCGAUUGUCGCUCCAAUUGCAGCAACCCCAAUUCCUCAAACGCUGUCCCUUCUCCUUCUUCUGCACACCCCGCACCACAACUCCUUCGCCAAGCAAACACCACCGAUACUACCGUGCAGCCAUGGCGACGGAUUCCGUGCCCUCUGUGGCGGAGCUUUCCAUUCAUUCCACCACGAAUGAAGUCUCGCAAUACCCUAAUUGUUACCCCUCCGUCAACCCCGUCGAUAGAUACCGUGCGCAUAUCGCAGAGCUCGUGGCAGAGGCGCUAGGAGUAGAUUCCCAGGCCGUUUACCCCAGGCUACAAUGGACGAAUUCUCUCGACAAGGGUGACUUGGUUCUUGCUGCCCCAGCUCUACAAAUCAAAGGCAAGAAGCCACCAGAAGUCGUUGCGCAGAUCCUCGAAAAUCUUGCCCCAUCCGACCUCAUCAACACGCCCAUUGCCGUGGGCACGCAUAUUCAGUUCUUCUUCAAGCCGGAGCCCCUCACAAAGACCGUUAUCAAAGCCAUUCAAGAGAACAGGGCGACAUAUGGCUCUAAUGCGAACGUUGGCCUUCGAGACCCUACUGACCCUUCAAAGGGCAAGAAGAAAAUCAUUGUCGAGUUCUCAUCUCCCAAUAUCGCGAAACCGUUCCACGCGGGCCAUCUGCGAAGUACGAUCAUCGGAGGGUUCUUGGCUAACUUGUACACGAUUAUGGGAUGGGAUGUGGUCAAGAUGAACUACCUUGGUGACUGGGGGAAACAAUAUGGUCUCCUAGCAAAUGGAUAUGAGAAGUACGGAAACGAGGAAGAGCUCGUGAAGGAUCCUAUUAACCACCUGUUCGACGUCUAUGUUAAGAUCAACAAAGACGUGGCGGAGCAGGAAGGUCCUAUUAAGGAACUUCGAGAGCAGAUUAAGGCCAGGAAAGAAAAGGACAAGGACAUCACGGAGCUAGAAAAAGAGCUGCAGGCCAAAAUUGAUGCUAGUUAUGAUGAAAUGGCCCGUCGAUACUUCAAGAGCAUGGAGGACGGUGAUGAAAAGGCGCUUGCACUCUGGCGACGAUUCCGUGACUUAAGUAUUGAAAAGUACAAGGAAACCUAUGCGCGCCUAAAUAUAGGGUUCGAUUGCUACUCCGGUGAAUCACAAGUCAAGUCAGAAAGCCUAGCGAAGGCCUACGAAGCCAUGGAAAAGACGGGAGUUUCCGAGAACUCUGAAGGUGCAGUUAUUGUCGACUUUGCGAAGCAUGGCGCGAAGAAAUUGGGCAAAGCGAUUGUGAUCCGAAAGGACGUCACCGAGCUUGUUGGUCGGAAGGAUCUAGCAGACCGAUGCCAACAUGUUAACUUUGGUAUGGUUAGGGGAAUGAGCACUCGAAAGGGUACAGUCAAGUUCCUCAACGAUAUCCUCAAGGAUGUUGGCGAGAAGAUGCAUGAGGUUAUGAAGAAGAAUGCUGCCAAGUACGAGCAGGUUGAGGAACCCGAAAAGACGGCCGAUAUUCUUGGUAUCACGUCUGUGAUGGUCCAGGAUAUGAGUGGCAAGCGAAUCAAUGGCUAUGAAUUCAACCUAGAUGUCAUGACAUCCUUCGAAGGCGACACAGGCCCAUACCUCCAAUACGCCCACGCCCGCCUCUGCUCCAUGACCCGCAAAGCCGACGUCGACCCCUCCGAACUAACCACUGCCAACCUCUCCCUCCUCACCGAGCCACACGCCAUCGACCUGAUCCGCCUACUUGCCGUCUGGCCCGACGUAGUCUUCAACACUACCAAAACUCUUGAACCAACUACCAUACUCACAUACCUUUUCCGAAUGACGCAUGUGCUCAGUUCUGGCUAUGAUGUGCUCAAGGUUGUUGGCAGUGAGCCUGAGGUGAAGAAGGCACGCAUGGCUAUGUAUGAUUGUGCGAGACAGGUGUUGUCGAAUGGGAUGCGAUUGUUGGGGUUGAAUCCGGUUGACCGGUGA